AUGAUAAUAUUGACACCACAUUCCGCUGUUUACGACUCAGGCGCACAGCUGAUGUACACUGACCGUAAUACCGAAGCACUGUACCUGGCUGGACUCGUGAGCUCUGGUCGCGUGUGUGCUACGGCAAAGGCACCGGGAGUCCACACUCGCGUCGCUAGAAUGCUCGACUGGAUAGAGGCUACAGCGCCCGCGGAAUACUGCAAAAUAUAA